AGCAUUCAUUUGUCAUCAUUUAAGAAUCAUGGAGAAAUGGAUGCAAGAGAAGUUGUCGGAAUUAUUGGAUUUUCCAGUCUCAGAUGAUUGGACCCAGUUUAUUCUGCAGAUAGAAAAUGAAAGAGACUUAGAUGAGUACUUUUCAACUUUAUUGAAUAAUGAAAAUCCAGCUCACAGACAAUUUGUAACAGAAUUGAAAAAGAGACGUGCCUCUUAUAAUAAUCAAACUGGAUACAAAAAGAUAAAUGAUGGCGAUAAUAUACCCAAAAAACAAAAUGAUAAGAAAAGAGGAAAAGCAAAGGGAAAAAAAAAUAACCAAGUGCAAGAAGCUGUAAAACCAGAGCCAAAAUCUGAGAAAGUGGAAAAGAAAAAGACUAAAUUUGUUAAUUUAUUGUCUCAUGGAAAUAUUCUCUUGAAAGGAAGACAUAAAUGUGAUUGCGAAGCAAACAGACAUGCAUUGAUUAACAACUGUCUUAAUUGUGGAAGAAUAGUCUGUGUACAAGAAGGCUCAGGACCAUGUUUCUGUUGUGGAGAACUUGUUUGUUCUCCGGAUGAACAAGUAUUACUUGGAAGCAAUACUAAACAGGGUGAUAACUUGUAUAAUAAAUUGAUGGAUCAAAAACCAUAUAAAAAUCUCGAAGACUCUCUUAAACAAAGAGAUAAACUUCUCGAAUUUGAUCGCAAUAGUGCCCGUCGUACCAAAGUAAUUGAUGAUGAAUCCGACUAUUAUCAGUCAAAUAGUAUUUGGCUAUCCCAUGAUGAGCGUAAGAAGUUACAGAAGCAAGAAGAGGAAGAAUUAGCACGCAAGCAUACAUCGCGUUUAGAUAGAAAAGUUGCUAUAGAUUUUAUGGGAAGAGUGAUAGUUGAUGAAGAUCAAUCCAUUAACUUGCAAUCAGAAGAACUUGACGAAACAAUAUCAUAUGACGACUUUGAAAAUACAAAUAUUUGUCCAACGAUAGAAUUUGAUCGUCCAACAUUUGUUGAGAUGGGACCAAGGACCUUCAGGACAAGCACACGAAUUGAAAAUCACACAUGGAAUAGAGAAGGCAGAAUUCAAGAUAAAGAAUAUCUAGAAAUGUUUGAUCAAGGUCUGUGUUUGAGCAUGCAUCAGCCUUAUGCAUCUUUGCUAGUGGCAGGAAUAAAAACUCAUGAGGGUAGAAGUUGGUAUUCUUCACAUAGAGGAAGAUUAUGGAUAGCAUCAGCUGCUAAAGUACCUUCUUCCGAAGAAAUAUCUAACAUAAAGCAAUCCUAUUGUAUAUCAAAAAAUGAUAAAAUUGAAUUCCCUGAAAAUUAUCCUACGAGCUGCUUGUUAGGCUGUGUAACGGUAACUGACGUUCUACCUCAACAAGAAUAUAGAAAAUUAUAUCCAGAAGGAGAGAAUGAGAGUCCUUAUAUCUUCAUAUGUGAGAAUUCUUACAUGUUACCAAUACAAUUUCCUAUGAAAGGAAAACAUAAAAUUUAUAAAAUGGAUAAAAAACUUCAUCAAGCCGCUUCCAAAUGCUUAGAGAAAGCCAUGAAGACAGCUAAUAAUUAAUAUUUUUAUGUUGUAAUCUCAUUAUUUGUUCCUUUGUAAAAU